AUUACCCACCCAUCUGCUCUGCAUGAACUACAACAGUUCUUUUUCAGUUGGUGGUGGGGUGCACAUGCAUCAGGCUGACUUUGUACAGUGCCAUGAGCUUCUUGUGAAAGAGAUGAAGUAAAACCUCAGCAACAGAGGGCCUAAACAAUUCCUUCUUCUUUGUUUCCAGAUCUGCUGAUCCUUCACCAUGUAGCAGCAGUAAAGGUAGGUUCAUUUCAAAUGUCUCUUCUCAGAAGUUCCACUUGCAGACGUCAAAGUCAAUACUUCUUUCCCAGGAAGACCAUGCCCAUCACCAGCUCUUUGUUCCCAAGGAAGAAAUGGGACAAAGAGCCCUCUCCGCGCUCCUCAUCUCCAUGCUAAUCUUCUCCUUUUCCCCUUGUUCCGAUGGCCAGCAGCAAUGUGCCUUCACUGGUGCAGGCUCAGCUCAGGUCAGAGCUGGCUACUGGUUCUCCCUGUACAGCCAUGACUUCCCUGUUUCGAGCAUCGACGCAUCCCUCUACACUCAUCUCUACUACUACUCCCUCCCCCUCUCCUAUGAUGAAGCCAACGCCGGCGUCUCGGUCUUGCCUCAUGACCAGCUCCCUCUCCUCGGCAUUUUCUCGAACAGCCUCAAGUCAAGUAGCCCUUCCCUCAGAACCCUGUUAUCCAUCGCAACCGAUGAUCACCAAGCUAAUGACUCAAACGCCGCUUUCUCCGCCAUGGCAGCGGAUCCAGUGCUUCGAGCAGCCUUCAUUAACUCCACCUUAGAAUUAGCCAGAGCAAACAGAUUCGACGGGUUAGACUUGGCAUGGCAGUUCCCGAGCUCGCCAUCGGACAUGACCAACCUCGGAAUCCUGCUCGACGAAUGGCGAGCUCGGAUCGGCGAAGAAGCUCGGAAUUCCUCAUCGGCUCUCCUUCUGACCGCCACAGUGUACUUCUCGAACCACCUGUUUGAUGAAGCCACUGACAACCUCGACUACCCGACGGAUGCAAUCUCAAGAAACCUGGAUUGGAUCAAUGCUCUCUGUUUCGGCUACCACAAGAACAGCAAUGUCACUGCCCACGGUGCUGCGCUCUUCGACAAGACCUCCCACUUCUCCACCAGCUAUGGGAUCACCUCGUGGUUGGACGCAGGCAUCCCUGCGAGCAAGCUGGUGAUGGGUGUGCCACUGCAAGGCAGAUCUUGGUUUCUCAGGAACAAGAUCAAGAACAAGGCAGGUGAUCCGGUGGUGGCUGCAGGACCCAGGCAGAAGAUGAGCGACCGAAUUGGCGUGAUGGCCUACUCAGAGAUCGAGGAGCUCAUGAAGGAUCCACGCUCUGGUUUUGUGUAUGACAGCCAGACUGUGAGUUCCUACCUCCACUCCGGAGAUCUGUGGGUGAGCUUUGACAGUCCUGAAGUUGCGGAAGACAAGAUCAGAUUUGCUCAACACAACACUUUGUUGGGAUACUUUCUCUGGCCAAUCAAUUUUGAUGAUUCAAACCGCACAAUAUCCAAACAAGCUUCCGAUGCCUGGCUCAGAAACUAUGAUUCUUCCUGCUACAGAGAUGAAGAUGGCUUCAAACAGGCACCAUCUCCUUCUGUAGCACCACAGGAAGAUGCAGCAGCACCAUUAGCAGCCAUUUCUGGAUCAGCACAAAGGUCCGCAAAGAUUGAUUCCUGUCAUCUGGCUCUGUAUCUUUUGCUGUGUUUUCUGUUCAUUUGACGACAGUGUGUGCAGCCAAACACUGUAAAGAGAGAAAACCUACAAGAUUCUUUUAGCAGAGGCCUCCAGAGCUGCUUCCACACUUCAAUUGUCACUCCAAAAUUGGACCUUCGCUGUCGCAUCUUUGUCGAUCAUCUAAUAGAAUCGAACAUGACUUCCAAUCAACAUUCCAAGCCAGAAGAAUCGCAUCGCAGAAGAUCGACAUCGUGGUACGGUCAAUUUUGAUCGUCAAUCCGACAUCGCAAAAUUUAUUUGAUAUGUUAUUUUCUGGGUGUUCUCUCGCGUUUUGGAAGACCAAAAGAAAAGCUCGAUUGAUCGAAAAAAAUCAUGCAACUAAAGGCCGGAGAAUAUUGACAUCACAAUGGUCAAUUUUGAUCGUCAAGUUGAUUUGAUCUGUUGAGGAAAAGAAGCUCGAUCGAUCGAUCGAUCGAUCGAUCGAAAAAAAUAUAUAUGUUAAACGAAGGCCAGAGAAUGAAUCCACAGAACACACAAUGCAUAAUCCAACCAGACUAUCAAUCCUUUAUAAGGUUCUCUACCGUGUGUCCCAACUCACCGACCAGGCUCCCAGAAAGCCCAGAACUGGAGUCGAUUCACGCGGCGAACGUUGAAGGAGAAGAGCAUGGCCGCGAAAUCGGCCCAAGAGGAGAGCUUUUCCUUCCCCCGCGGUUCGAACGCCAAGCAAUCGAAGAAGCGUGUAUGAAUCUGAUGCCUCCGAAUAACCAGAGGAAGUCUCAAUGAUGAAUAAAUGUGGUUGCGUCCAAGGUGUUUGUGGAUGUGUCGACAAGAACUUUGUCGUCUUAGAAGGUUGGCUGGAACGAUUGGGAUAUUGGCUUUGUUGUUGCUGUUAUUGCGAUCUAAAUGUGAUGAUGGAAUUGAUGUUCUGACGCACAUGAAGAGUAUAAUCAGAUUCGGGAGGAGACGGUGAGAUCUCCAGGUGUGUUCGCAAGCUGCAGCUCAACUCGUCUGAGAAACUCUCGGUCGAGUCUGGAACUGGUAGCACCGAGUCAUGGACCUCGCCCGAGUCUGAAACCACCUGAUUUAUGUGAAGUCGCAUGGGGGUACGGUCACCAAGAUGAGCGUGGUUUUUAGCAGCACCCCGUCCUUUGAAGAAUAGCUAGGGCAUCAGCGGUGAGCCUUCCACCUCUCCGCCGCGCCGUGCACCGCUGGUUCCAGUACCGAAGGCGUGACCGCCGCGGCGGAGCGGGGGCCAGGGGCAACGGAGAGGAGCGGUAAAGAAGGAAUCUUAAAGGUGGAAUCCCUGCAUGAUCGGCGAGCGCUGAGUUAACUAUCUUAGUGCUGUUCUUGAAAAGCCUCUCUCCUGCGACAAUGUGUUCGACUGGUAGAAUCAUUUUGUUAGUUUUUGGGAAGGGCCGUUUCCGCUUCAAAGAUUUGAGCUUUCGUUUUGUUGUCUUUCUUAACGCUUAAUCGCUCUGUGGUUUUUGUCAUCAUCGCCCGAGUGAUGAACAAAGAUCGUAUCUUUUUCGUGUUGUUGGAUCGUUGUCCAGUUUGUCAUAUUGUUGUCCUGUCACUAACGAUGGAGACUUGCAUCCGUCAUUGGUUUAGUUCAGUUUGGAUUGGCGAUUGAUUCUAAGGAGAUUAUGAUCUUUUGUGCAGGUGUAUAGGUUUUCUUACAACUUCUGUUUCUUGAGGGGCAGAUGAAUCUGGAGGUGGUUAUCCUGAGAGAAGACACAGAAAAAAAUAAAGAAAAAACAAGCAAAAAGAAUCCCGACGAUACAAAAGGUAAAAUGCCAUAAAUAGAGAGGAGGCAGAGUUUUUAUCGUUUAGCAUACUGAUUGCUUUUUCUUAUUUUCUAUAAUUAUUUAUUCUUGUUGCUUCUUGGUUUGGCUUUUCUGCUGAAUCAUUUGUCAGUUAUCCUAGGGUAUGAAUUAUGACAAGUUUUUAGAUUUAUGUAAGUUUUAUGUCUCAAUAUUUGGUCUUACUGUGUAAUUCUGGAUCUGGAUAAAAGUUAAACAUAUAUAUGAAAUCUCAAUUGAGCGUUUAACUAGAUUAGGCUCAGUUGACCUUUUAGAUGAAGCCAGGUUCUCAGGUUGUCAAAGUAUGGAUUAUUUAAUGAUAAAGAGUAUGAAACCUUCAUCAGGUGAAUUCAUUAUGUGUUACUUAAUGAAACUAUAAUAUAGGUAACAGAAUCGAGGGAAAGCAAGACAGCCAUUUUAGAUGACCAAUGAGUUUAGUAUUUAAAAGGUUAGAACCUAUUUUCCUCAUAAGCAGAUUUAAUAGAAAUAUGAGCAAAAAAGAAAGCCUACACAAAUUUUGUAAUGACAUGGAGAACCCUUGAUGAGGAACAAAAUAGGUGCUUCAGUGGGUUAAGAAGGAAGAUAUAAAUAAAUAUUAAUAUGUGAAUUUACUUUGGUUAUGAAGAUAUGGUCAUUAUUAUUUAGAGUUUUCAUAGAAUGCUGAAAAAUAUACAUUUUUACAAUUGUCAAAUUGUUAUAGAUCAGCAUUCAAAUCCAGGAUUUUAUCAUUUGAUAGUCUGGAUUUUAGUGUAUUGUGUAUUGUUUUCCAUAAUAGUAUUGAUCAAUUAGAACAUGAUGGCAAGAUCUCCUUUCGAUAUCAGGAUUAAGUAGGAAGGUAUUGGAGGAGAAUAGAGUACUUCAUCAAGAAGAUUGAAGUGAAUUAGUUCUCAAUCAGGUAUUACAGACACAAGAUAGCAAAGAACUUAUGGAUUGUGCACAGUAUAGCUCAGAGGAACUGAGCAGUUACCAUUUAUAUGGUUAAUGGAACUUGUAUAAUGAAACUUAGAGAUGCACAGAGGUAUUAAUUUUAGUGAUGAUACCUGUGCAUCUUUAUAGAAGAGAACCUACAAUCUUUCUUGGUGCAAGGUGUUGAUCAUGAAGAGUGAAGACCAAAGAAAUCUCAUAGCAGCAGACAUCUAUCGCUUUUGGCUUCUAUAAAUUCACUGCAGAUAUAAUUUGGCAGCCACAAACUUAAUGACCAAAACUGGUCUAUGGUCUGCUUCCCCUUCUCAAAAGAUGACAAACUCUUGGAACAGUCCAGCAUUGCUAACAUGCAUCAGUGCUGGUUUUCAUGGCUACCUUGAUUGUAUACACUGGAAAAAAAUAAUAUUUUUUAACUGCUCUACUGCUUAACUUUGCUAAUGUGCAUCAGAGAUGCCAAUAUCUUUUAACUGCUCUACUGCUUAACUUUGAUGAUCAUAGCAGCACAGCAACUAGGGAGCAAUUUGGCUGAGGGCAAACCCUCUAUUAUUACUAAUUGUUAGUCAUUUUAUCUUGCUGUGUCGAAGUUUGUCACACCCAUAAUUUAAUUUCUGAAAUUAUAAAAUCAUGUGACGGUAUCCAUAGGUGAGUUCGCUAGCAAAUUUUGCAUGAUUCUCAAAAGCUACCUCAUCCUGUGGAUUGAUGGUAAUUUAUAUGGUCUAUUGAACCGUUUUAGGGGUGGCAAGCUGCUAUGUUUUCAAGAGUCGCUUGCAAGAGUAUGCACAAAAAGUAGGCAUUCCUACACCUGUGUAUCAGACCCUCAAGGAAGGUCCUUCCCAUGAGCCUGUUUUCAAGUCAACGGUUAUUGUUAAUAAUACUAGAUAUGAUUCUCUUCCUGGUUUUUUCAACCGCAAGGCUGCAGAACAGUCUGCUGCUGAGAUUGCACUCAUGGAAAUUCACAAGUCUGGCCUGAUGACUGAAAAUAUGCCUACAGUUGUAUUCUCCUUUUACCUUAUAAUUUUAAGUUAGUUUAUUUAGAAAAUAUUAUGACUCAAAAUAAACAAGCAAAUGAUGCUACAUCCUGGAUUAAGUAUUCUAUUUUAUUUAUUAUUAUGGCUUUUUAAUGUGUAAGAUAUUUAAGUAUGAUUCUUUGCAUGGAUAACAAUAGCUUAAAAUGAGUUUUAGUUUUUGUUUGGGUCUUCCUUGCCAACAUUUAGUACUAAACACAUAAUGUGGAAACUUUUGUUCUUAAUAGUUUGUUAUAUUGCAGUUGCUAGUGUUGUAUUGUACAUCCAAAAAACUUGUUUGUCUCUCCCACAACCUGGGUUAGAGUUAAGAGUUGUGGCCAAAAUAACUUCUUUCCUGCAGUAAAAAUACCUAAAUGAUUUAUAAUGAAUGCCACGAAUCAAAAUAAUGUACUAAUUAAAGUUAUGCCUUGUGUACCCUGGACUUGCGUUCUUACCACCUCUCAGAAGGUUCCACGUCCACAUCAUUGUCAAAAGAACUCUAACCCAAAAUUUAAAAUUUACACACAAAAUAGCAUGCAUGAGAUGGAAUUUAAAUAACAUUAUUAUAAAAAAAAGGAAGAUUUGCAAUAGAGGAACAAGGCUAGGCUAAAACAGGAUGUCAUAAAAAUAAAAGAGACGAAGGUUGCAACAAUGGGCAAUCCAUCAUUCGAAGUAUAGCCUUUGUAUUGAUUAAAAUUCAUACUGUUGCCUGUAUUUAUUAAUAGACUGAAUAUAAACUUCCAGGAACUUUACUAAAAUCAAUUGUGAUUGCAUCUGUUCCAGUCAAUCGACUCAUAAUCAUUGCACAUUAGAACUGUCAGUAUUGACACAUGGAGUGAUCCUUUUAGAGGUGGUUGAUUGAUAGAGAAUUGGGAUUUAUGAAUAACCAGUACCUGUAAAAAGAAUACUAUAACCUGAUGUUGAGCUUUCUAAAAUAAGAAUUUAUCUGAAUACUAGAAAGUAAGAACAACAGAAGAAUCCCAAACCUAUUAUUGGCCUGAUCUGGCAUAAUCUGAGAUAAAGCCGACCAAUAUUUGGACUUGAUCAAGUUGCACUCCUUCUCCUAUUGUCGAUAAUUUAUCUCAACUUUGAAGACAAAUAACUGUGAUCAAAAUUAUCGAUGGUGUGAACGUGCAUUAUGACACUGGUGAUCUAUUCGAGCCUAAGCUUGAGGAACAAGACAAAAACACUUACCUCAACUAAAUGAGGCACACUUAGAAUGACAAUUACUGAAGAUGUUAUUUAAAAAAUUAAAUCAAGCAAUGAAUUAUUAAUUUAUUACUUAAUAGUAUUUAAAUAGCUAAACAUUUAUUCUUGCUUAUUAGCUUAAAGCCUCAAAUGUUUGAGCCUUGUGUACAUUGUGGAAUGAAUGUAUAUGAAAUUGAGGUUCGAGAAGGAAAAGAAGUUCCUGUGACAAUGUCAUAGCGAAAACAAAAAGUAGCUGCAAUAAUGCAACAAAAAAGCAUGGCAAAAAUAAUGAAGAGGAACUAAGAAUAGAGCAAUAUAAAUACAAUGAAGAAACUGAUCAAUACAUAACAGUAAAAUUGAUUUAAAAAAAAGGAACAAAAAUUAAAAAGGGACAAUAAAGCAGCAAAAACUUUAUAAGAUUAAUUCUUUUCUUCCACAAACAGAAUUGAUGAGAGUUUCUCCCUUCAUAAUUUUCAUCUGUACUUCAUUGAAAAACAUCAUAGAAUAUACAACGAAACAACAGACAGCAUGUGAUUACCUUUAUACAAGACAUCCUAUAUGUCUUGUUGAAGCCGCUGAACCUCAGUUCUGGUGAGGUGCAAGAUGAGAGUCUUGGAGACCUUAAGUGCACCCUAGAUAUGCCCUUAGCAAUGCCGGUUAUGGUUAAACUAGCUGAUGGGUAAGUUCAAGUAAUCUUGUAUGGUUAGCUCUUCUAUCCUACUUGUUCAACAGGUAAGCUACAUGCUCAGAAUGGAUCAUGGUAUGGUUCUUUGUGGUUCAUCCUGCAUUGUUCUGUGUUCCAUAGGAGCAUUCAAGAGCUUCAUAUUUAAUGAUUUCUGUAAACUUUGAAUUUUGAUUGAAUCCAACUUAUCCAGCAAAACUUGGAACCCUAAGUUGUUAUUUGUAGUUUUUGCCUGUCAUUCUUACGUUAAAUAUUGCAUGAUUCGAUAAAUAAAAACUGUAUGCGACCUGCUCUCUUUGUAUUUUAGGUGCAUUCAUGGGCUUUAUAUUAAAUGUUGUGUGAAUAGUGCUCAAUUCCGUGACUUAUACAUCAAACUUUUGGAUUUUGGAUGGCUUUUAUAGUUUUUAACCCACAUCGCUUACAUUAAAGAUCACAUGAUUUGGUAAUUAGAAAUCCUAUGCAACUUGUUUCAAUAGUGAGGGGGGAAGUUGUAUAAGGAUAAUCAUUUUAUGCUAAUUCCUUAUCAUGUUAUCAAGAUUCUUGUAGUUUAAGUAAUCUCUUUUUUUUAAAAAAAAAUUGGGCUAUUUUCUCCGGCACGAAACCGGCCUAUGCAAGAAUCUACUUCAAGAGUAUGCACAGAAAAUGAACUAUGCAAUCCCAUCCGAUAUAUGCACCAAAAAUUCCUCUGGAGCAACUCCUUUUACAUGUACGGUUGAGAUUGGUGGAAUUCAAUACAUAGGAGCUGCAGCAAGGACAAAAAAGGAAGCUGAGAUAAAAGCAGCAAGGACAGCUCUUUUAGCGAUACAGAGUCAGUCUCAGGGGGGGCAUAGGUGGUGCCUUGCAGUACACUGUCCUUCCAGGCAAAAGGAAGGUGAAGGAGCCAGAGCUGCCAGCUGAAGCAGUGAAAAAGAUUAAACCCAAGAAGGCCAACUUUAAGAAGUGGUCGAAAAAGCGGUUCCAACGAAGUAAAGACAAUCAAGUAGUCCAGUCAACCAAAAAUGAAACUGAGGUUUAUAUGCUAGAAGAUGCUUCAAGGGUGCCCAGCAGUGCUAUCCAAAUCGAGGAGGCUGCUCAUGAUUCUUGAGGUGAGCAUGAUCAGUCCAAAUCUGGAGACCUGAGCUCGUAGUUGACUGUAGAAACAAGUGGAUAAUUGGAUGUGAAUGGUGAAAUUUAGAGCUUUGUUGAGAUUGGUAGUCUGUAAAUUUAGGUCUCGACACACCAUAGAGUUACAAAAAUCACUUGUGUGAGACUAGUUUAGAGUCAGCAUAGAAGAACAGGUUCUGGUUGGAUGUUAUUUUCAGUCUACAAAGUACUGGGCAGUCUCUCUGUUGGCCAUUAUUUCUUGUUCUUCAAUCUAUUAUAGUUUACUGUCCAAAAGUAGGUUUCAGGGAACUACUUGUGACAAAUUACUCAUUUGGAUUAAUAUGAUCAUGUGUGAGAGGAAUUAGUUAGCUGAAUCCA